GGGCCGGCCCCCGCCCCCUCGCGCCGCCCUCUCUUCCUCCCGUCCUGCAGCCAAUUAGCCGCCCCCUCGGGCGGGAGGCGUGGGGCGCAGCAUAAAGCUGCGCGGAGCUGUCACCCCGCGAGCCAGGAGCCGCGCGCCUCCCGAACCCAGCCGCCCGCCCGCCCGCAGACUCGGGCCUCGGCCGGGAGCAGCCAUGGCCACCACCAACGGGGCGGUGGAGAACGGGCAGCCGGCCGAGAAGCCUGCCCUGCCGCGCCCCGUCCGCAACCUGGAGGUCAAGUUCACCAAGAUAUUUAUCAACAAUGACUGGCAUGAAUCCAAGAGUGGAAAAAAGUUCGCCACAUACAACCCUUCAACUCUGGAGAAAAUAUGUGAAGUGGAAGAAGGAGAUAAGCCCGACGUGGACAAGGCUGUGGAGGCCGCUCAAGCUGCCUUCCAGAGGGGCUCCCCGUGGCGCCGGCUGGAUGCCCUGAGCCGUGGCCGGCUACUGCACCAGCUGGCCGACCUCAUGGAGAGGGACCGUGCCAUCCUGGCCACCCUGGAGACGAUGGAUACUGGGAAGCCCUUCCUCCAUGCCUUUUUCAUUGACCUGGAGGGCUGCAUUAAGACCUUCAGAUAUUUUGCGGGCUGGGCGGACAAAAUCCAGGGCAGGACCAUCCCCACAGAUGAUAAUGUUGUGUGCUUCACCAGGCACGAACCCAUCGGGGUAUGUGGAGCCAUCACCCCUUGGAACUUUCCCCUGCUGAUGCUGGUGUGGAAGCUGGCACCCGCCCUGUGCUGUGGGAACACCGUGGUUCUGAAGCCGGCGGAGCAGACUCCCCUCACUGCGCUUUAUCUCGGCUCACUGAUCAAAGAGGUUGGCUUCCCUCCAGGCGUGGUGAACAUCGUACCAGGCUUUGGGCCCACAGUGGGAGCAGCAAUUUCUUCUCACCCUCAGAUCAACAAGAUAGCCUUCACUGGGUCCACAGAGGUUGGAAAGCUGGUUAAAGAAGCCGCGUCUCGGAGCAAUCUGAAGAGGGUGACGCUGGAGCUGGGGGGCAAGAACCCCUGUAUCGUGUGCGCCGAUGCCGACCUGGACUUGGCAGUCGAGUGUGCCCAUCGGGGAGUGUUCUUCAACCAAGGCCAGUGCUGCACAGCUGCCUCCAGAGUGUUUGUGGAGGAGCAAAUCUACGCCGAGUUCGUCAGGCGCAGCGUGGAGUACGCCAAGCAGCGUCCCGUGGGAGACCCCUUCGACGUCAAGACUGAACAGGGGCCCCAGAUCGAUCAAAAACAGUUUGACAAAAUCCUCGAGCUGAUUGAGAGUGGGAAGAAGGAAGGGGCCAAGCUGGAAUGUGGAGGCUCAGCCAUGGAAGACAGGGGACUUUUCAUCAAACCCACUGUCUUCUCAGAGGUUACUGAUAACAUGCGGAUUGCCAAGGAGGAGAUUUUUGGACCAGUGCAGCCAAUACUGAAGUUCAAAAACAUCGAAGAAGUGAUAAAAAGAGCAAAUAACACAGAGUACGGACUCACAGCAGCCGUGUUCACAAAAAACCUUGACAAAGCCCUGAAGCUGGCUUCCGCGCUGGAGUCAGGGACAGUCUGGAUCAACUGCUACAAUGCACUCUACGCGCAGGCUCCGUUCGGUGGCUUUAAAAUGUCAGGAAAUGGCAGAGAACUAGGUGAAUAUGCCCUGGCUGAAUACACAGAAGUGAAAACUGUCACCAUCAAGCUCGAGGACAAGAACCCAUGAAGGAAAGUGGGCUCCUCCGCCCCACCGGACAGCCCUCUUGGCAGAUCAAACCUGCUGAAGGGAAUAACUACAGUACUGACCUUCCUGGGACACUCUCUUCCCGAUACUUUCAGUCUACUAGAGCUGAAUGGUUUUUAUUUUCGUCUCACACUCCUGUUUUAUUGACCUAACUCUGGAUGCUCAUGUGUUGCGUGUGAAACUGCAGUUCCACCUGGGAGGGAGCCAUUGGCCAUUUCUGAUUUUGCCUUUAGACCUGGUGUGAGAGACAGUGAAGAUACUCAGGGCUCUGUUAACAAGAAGUGGUAUUUAAGUGUCCAGCAGUGGCUUCAAGACGCUCUGCUGAAUCCAACUCCAGUGAGACUUUGGGACGUGCUCCCUGCGUGCCCCACAAGCCCUGCACCUGUGGUCCCCUCGUGGUCACCUGUGCACACAGCUCCUCCUUCUUCUGAGGCAGGGGUAGGAUCAUUCCAAAGGAAAAGAUUAGCACUAAAUUAAAAAGAAAGAAAAGGAUUUUGAGGCUGUGACAGGGAGAGGUUUGGGGGAGCACAUAUCAGGCAAGGGUGUCAGAGGCCAUGGACACACACGGCUGUGGAUUUUGGAGGAGGACAUGUUGACAUUGACCAUGGGGUUCACUUUGAAACCAGUACUGCCUUUGGACUAUGACCAAAUGGCUAUCUCAAUGAGUUUACUCUAAAACUGUGUUCACACACCUUAACGAAGAUAGUUUCUAAGUCAGGAGACAUCGUUAGCAUCACCAUAGCUGCUGACAACCUAUUGUUCUGGUAGAACAAGAACAGAGCAAAUUCCAAGAUAACUAAGUGCUGCACUGGGAAAAUCAGAACCAUAAUUCACUUUUUCAAAUUAUGUAUUUUACCGUAUUCUAUAAUGGUUCACAAUAAGCCUCUGUACCUUUCCUUUUCUCCAGUUCCAUUUUCCAUUCAGAUUAGUCAAAUGCACACAUCUAGAAAGAUGGCUAUUAUAAUUCACCCACUUUUUUAAAGCCCUACUUUGGUAUUGAUUUCUGGUUAGUUAACAAAUAACUUCCAGACUCCAUGGAGGAACUGGAUCUAUACCCAAAUGACCUGAGUAUUUCACCAACGGGUUAGAAAUUAUUCUUUUCCUCCUUUGAGUACCCAAAAUUUUGUGCAAUGCCAUGUUUUAACUUGGAAAACUGAAAUUAUUCCCACAUAGCUUUAAAAAACAAAACCAAACUUAAAUUGUGUUAUCCAGGUACUUUUACCCUUACUAAACCCAUACUUUCCUAACUGGAAAAAUGGUGCUUAAGUUUGAAGAUGAAGUUAGAGAGAUAAUAAUAAAUGAAGGUCUAUGUCAGAACCCAUGUCUGUAUAAAGGAAAGUGUGUGUGAAUUAGGGUAUCAUCCUUCUCAGAUAUGAAACAGGUGAUUCACCUUCUUUUCACCACCAGUUAACACUCACUACUUACACUACCAAUAACUUGUUAAACAGAAUUUGAUUUCAUACACUGAACUUCAGUAUCCCAAGGAAGUAUAGACACUAACCUUCAUUGUAGUACCUGAGAGGGUUUCUAUCCUUUCACUGUACAAUAAUUCUUUAAUAUGAAAUGCUACAUUAUUUAUAAUUGGUAGAGUUAAUGUGUCUUUUAUAGCUGUAAGUACAUAGAGGUGGUAUAUUUAACCUUCUGUAAUAUAAUGUAUUUAGAAAUGAAAAUCUAUAUAAUGUUAGAUUUCACUUCUUUUAAGGUUUAUCCCUGUGGUAUGGUUUUAAAAAAUAUCAGACUCAGCAUUCUGAUCCUAACUGCAGAUUGUGUUCAACAGCGAUAAAAUAAAAUUGGAUAUUUGAGAAAUG